AUGGCAUUGGUGGUGAAAGCAGCGGUAAAGGAAGCAAUGGUCACCGGGCUGACGGUCUCUCGGACUGCUCUGUGGAAAGACGCGUAUGGACCCGACACCAAAGAUCAAGAACUAUGGGAACCCACUGGCGAGCCUGUUCUUGAUGCCAAACAACUAAGCAGUCUUACCGGGCAGAGCACGGAGAAGGAUCUGGUGGCUUUCAUUUUGCCCAUCUUGAGAUCGUUGUUCCCAGAGGACCAGAUCGUCGACUCGCAAAAUCGCCGUUGGCCUGGAAGCGGCUUGUCACCUGAUUUGUUUCGAUGUAUGGUGUGCAAUGGCAAUGCAUCUAGUGGCACGCCGUACAAGGAGAUGCUCGAUUGUGUGUCUGUCUUUGAAGCGAAGUUGGCGAUCAAGGAUGACAGCCGUGGUCAGCUGUAUGAGUAUCUAUGUCGCCUUCCUUCCAAGCAUGCAAGGGGCAUGAUAUUCGAUAAAAGCGGCUUUGAGCUGUACCACGUGGCUGGGCAACCUGAGACCCGCAAAGCGCUCUUAGAAAGGAUUUGUGGGGCUUGGUCCGCUCCUGGAGGGAAAAAGCUCGUACGCGAUUUUCUUUCUCAGUACUCUCCAUGGGAGCGAUUGUUGCGCCAAUCUCUGCGACAGGCUGGUGCUGUUCCCGUUGCUUUCCUAGGCAGCGGAGCAUUCGGACGUGUCUUGGAAGCGCAACCCGAGCGAAGUGAGGAAAUUGAAAGGAUUGCCAUCAAGGCCGUUCUUGCAGCUGGCGUGCCAGUCGGAUUCAGCCCCGGAGCUGAGGUCGAAGUCAUGAAGAGGGCCCUUCAAGCGGGCUGCCCAGUAGUGGCUCCUUCAUCAGACUGCAUCCAGGUCGUAGAAAGCGGCAAGGUUCUGGGAUGGUUUCACAUCCUCCGUGAUGUUGGUACCCCGGUACCAUUGGACGUGGCCCAGGCGAGGUGGCCAGAAUUGGUCGAAGCCUUGCGCCAACUACACCUGAAUGGCUUCGUCCACGGAGACCCACGCCUCGCAAACGUGGUUUUGCUCGGUGAAAACUUUACGUGGAUCGAUUUUCUGGGACAACCAGUAUUCACUGGGGCUUCGCAGGAGACGGACAUUCAGAUCCUCAUGACUGAUCUGGUUGGCCAAAAAGACCCGGUUCAGUUUGGCCCGCAGUUUGACGGAUGGCCACACAAUUCAACCUUCAUCCAUAGUGUGCUGCUGCCAUUGAUGUCUUCUGUCACACGCUGA